AACAUUUGUGAACGUGAACAUGAGUGGGUGUUAGAGUGGAAGGCUGGCUGCCAAAGGGUUACAAAUGCAUGGUUACAAAUGCAUGAAUUCCCCAGAGUGGUUCAGAGCAGUAAGUGAGCGAGCAAUGAGUACUACUGUGUGUUUAUACUACAGGCUCCCUCAGGACCCAAAGCCAGCAUUUAAUAAGCAGAAUGGGUGAUACUAUCAAUGUGUAGGUAAUACACGUUAUUAUAAAGUGGCUGUUUCUUUUCUCACAUUUAUCUAAUUAUAAAAUCCAUUAAGAAAGCAGUUUAUUAAGAUUAUUUCACACAGGCAGCAGGUGGUUUAUCUGUAUCUUUUUUUUUUCUCUCCUCAAGCAUCCUUAACCUCUCCUCCUCCCACGCAGACCUCCCAGGCGCUCUUCUCCGCCGGAGGCUUCAUGGACGAGCACAAGCCGCUUGAUAGUAAAACGGGAGAUACUGUACUGGAAUUGAUGAGAGAAGAUUCAGUGUGUGGGCAACACUGGUUCAUUAUCGGCUGCGUUGUGGAGAGAGAGAGAAAGGCAUCCACAUGCUGGUGUGAGGAGCGUCUUGGACGGGCAGAGUGUCUUCAGCGAGGACAUUCAGGUGAAGAUGGAAGGAUCUGUCUCCUCAUGACGGCUUGACACAACUUAAGGCAGAAAACGUUUCCCACGAGACCUGCCUCCUGGACCAGGUGCUGGAGCUGAUUAUGAGCGAGAAGCCCCCCACCAGUGCCAAUCUUUUCCUAAACGAGGACGCGGAGAGACUCCCAAUUCCAGAGAGAAAAGACUUGAGGAGACGCCUACGCAGGGUCAUGGAGAAGAGAGCCAGCAGCUUGAAGGAGAGGAUGAGCUCCGUCAGUCGGGAAAGCGUCAAAGGUUUCCUCAAGAGGAACCUGUUUGUUUUACUCACUAUUGCCGCCGUGGCUCUGGGUGUAAUCCUGGGCUUUGCUCUACGCCCACACAAUCUGUCCCUGAGAGAGAUCAAGUACUUUGCCUUUCCAGGGGAGCUUCUAAUGAGAAUGCUACAGAUGCUGGUGCUGCCUCUCAUCGUCUCCAGUCUGGUCACAGGUAUUUCCUCCUUGGACAGCAAGGCGUCAGGUAAGAUGGGUAUGCGUGCAGUGGUCUACUACAUGGUGACAACCCUGAUUGCGGUUUUCAUCGGCAUUGUUAUCGUGAUAAUCAUCCAACCGGGGAAAGGCAGCAGGGACAGUCCUGUAGCUAACAGUGGGAACAUAGAGCCAGUUCAAGCUGCUGAUGCUUUCCUGGAUCUCAUCAGGAACAUGUUUCCUCCCAAUCUGGUAGAGGCUUGUUUCAAGCAGUAUAAAACUGUGUACAAGAAGACUGUGCACACAAGGAACGUGACAGUGACCCUAAACCUCACUGACUCUCUCAACGUGACAGAGUCUGACCUGAGUGUGAACCUCAGCAGAGUGCUGCACACCAUACAGGAGACAGUGGAGGAGACUGUCCCUGUGUCCGGGUCCUCUAAUGGAGUGAACGCUCUGGGUUUGGUGGUUUUCUCCAUGUGCUUUGGUCUGGUCAUUGGCAACAUGAAGCAGCAGGGCCAGACCCUCAGGGACUUCUUUGACUGCCUCAAUGAAGCCAUCAUGAGGCUGGUGUCCAUCAUCAUCUGGUAUGCUCCAGUCGGCAUCCUGUUUCUGAUUGCGGGCAAGGUUGUAGAGAUGAAGAAUCUGGCAGAGGUGGGCGGUCAGCUGGGGAUGUACACCGUGUCGGUCAUUGUGGGUCUCCUAAUCCACGGUCUCUUUGUCCUGCCACUGCUCUACUUCCUGGUGACCAGGAAGAAUCCCUACACCUUCAUUGGUGGUCUUCUGCAGGCGCUAAUCACUGCUCUGGGAACCUCAUCUAGCUCUGCUACCCUGCCCAUCACAUUCCGCUGUCUGGAGGAGAACAACCGUGUGGAUAAACGAGUGACACGUUUCAUCCUCCCUGUGGGUGCCACCAUCAACAUGGAUGGCACCGCCCUCUACGAGGCUGUGGCAGCCAUCUUUAUUGCCCAAGUCAAUGACAUGGACCUAAACUUUGGUCAGAUUCUGACCAUCAGUAUCACAGCAACGGCUGCCAGCAUCGGAGCAGCAGGCAUCCCUCAGGCUGGCCUGGUUACCAUGGUGAUCGUAUUGACAUCGGUGGGACUGCCUACGGAGGACAUAACACUGAUCAUCGCUGUGGAUUGGUUCUUGGACCGCUUGCGGACCACCACCAAUGUGCUGGGUGACUCCCUCGGGGCAGGAAUCGUGGAGCACCUUUCCCGUGGAGAGCUGCAGAGUCAGAAUGCCGAGGUGCGCAACUCUGUCAUCGAGGAGAAUGAGAAGCCCUACCAGCUUAUCUGUCAGGAGAACGAUUCACUCAACCACCACAACAGUGAGACCACAAUGUGAAGACGAGAGCUACACCCUUUAGGGCUUCAUGUACCAAAAGCAUUUAGCUAGAAGGUUGUCUUGCAAUGAUAGUUAAUGGUCAAUUCAGCCAGUUGGGGUUCGAAGAGCAUUUUUGCAGUUACAGACGCAAACGUACAUCUUUCCUUCAAAAACAAAAAAAAUUCCCGGCAAAACAAGGAACUACAAAGUCCGGCCCAGAGGUUGCUUCAUGACAGGAAAAAAAGCACACAUGCUGUCAGGAACAGUUACAUCUCCAAUCCAAUGUUUUUGCCUGGAGUGCCAGUUAUUUAACAGCAUUUUGCUGUUUCCUGUUUUAAUUCAAUGUCAGGAAAGCUCAAUAUGACAAAGAGAGUUCCGAGUCAUUUAAAAAAAGUUUUCAGCUUCAUUGUGUUUUCAAAGAUUUGUAUGAUUUAUCAUCUAUACAGUCAAAGCAGCAUAAACUCCUUACCAGCAUCAGUGUUAGAAUACACAGUAUUAUAAAAGAGAAGUACCACCGUUCAUAAGAAAACUACACCAGCUGUUUCUUCGGCUCUUGUGAAUAUUUUAAUCUGCAUAAUUUCUGUUGCAUGACUUAACACUUAAUACAUGUCAUUUUUUUUGUAAAGACUUAUUGUUUGUCAUUCUUAUUAAGACUACCUCUAAUAGGACGUAUAUAUGGAGCUUCUACCAUGCUACACACAGAAACACUAAAUGAAGCAACAGGAUGUUAAUACAUCAGUGUCAGACAUGUUUUGAUUGUUUUUAUGUUAUUUAAGUUUGCUUGUGCAAUUUAAUUGUGCAAUUUUGAAUAUACUUGACUGUUAAACAUUGGAGAUGAUGUGAAGGAGAAUCUUUGCUUUACUUUUUGAAGUUGAUAUAUUUAAAGUUAAAGUUAUAUAUUUAAAGACUUGUUAGAAUGUUUUUCACUCAGCUUAUAAAUACUGUAUUGGUGUGUAUUUCCUGUAUUUCUUUGGUGCUAUUGCUUUUUAAUUUUGGGUAAAGGACUGUACUGCUACACAGCAAUUUAAUGGGAACACCUGUAGUUAUGCUCUCUUUUUUAUCUCCUAGUUAUCCUUUUUCCUAGGUGAAAGUUAGUUUUUCUAUUUUAAUGUUUAUAAAGUAUAAACAAAUGCAGUUUCAAGUUUCAAGACCAUUAGAUGUUUUUUGUUGUUGUGGUUACAACAAUGUGCUUAACAUCAGUACACCAUUGCACCCUCCGGUCUGUGUUUUUCUGCUAUAAACAUUUAAUGUAGUUGUAUUUUGACUGGAAUAAUUUAUUGCAAGCUAAUGAUUGAUUUAUUUUUAUUGUUUUGUGAAAAGGUACUGUCAAGAAAGUUUGUGAAUGCCUUGAGGAAUUGAAUGUACAGUUGCUUUUUGCUUUUUGGUGUUGAUUGUUUUAGAGGAAAGUGUAGUGAAUUAUUCUGAAAAUUAUUUACCAUUUGAAACUCUUCUGACUUUGUCACUUGUAUGCUCAUUAAGAGGUUUGACUUUAGUUUUGAAGCUUAAUGUUACUUCAGUGAAAAUCUCAACAUUUUGAUGGACAGCUUAUGAUAAAAUGUGACAAAUAAAUGGCUCAGGAAUUUAUCUGUGAUUCUCAUUAUUGUGUUUGUGGCUACCCCUGGUGGAGGAUAUUCUCCUGUCCAGAAGUUG